AUGGCGGGAUUCUCUCUAGGAGGCGGUGGGGGCAGCGCCCAUAACCAGGCUCCGGGAGACCAGAUCCCGACAGAUAAUCUCUUCCUCUACACCAGCGGUGGCGGCGGGGCAAGACACGCUCAAGAGAUUCCCUCCUACACCAAGGGCUUCGAGCUAUGGCAGCACCACCACCAGCAGCUCCAGCAGCAGCAGCGGCCGCAGCACCACCACCUCUAUGCCCCGGGGCUGGGUAUGAUGCUGGACGAUCCGGCGGGGGCGGUAGCGGGAAGCAGUGGCGGCGGAUCUUCACGGGGCGCGAAGACAGGAAGCGGCGGCGGCAUGAGCUGCCAGGACUGUGGAAACCAGGCGAAGAAGGACUGCGAGCACAUGCGGUGUCGCACUUGCUGCAAGAGCCGUGGCUUCCAGUGCCCCACUCACGUCAAGAGCACCUGGGUCCCCGCCGCUAAGCGCCGGGAGCGCCAGCAGCAACUCGCUGCCGCCAUGCAACAUCAGCAGCAACUCGUCGUCCGCGGCAGCGGCAGCGGCAGCGGCGGCGAGCAUUCCAAGCGACCCAGAGAGAUGGGCGGCGGCCUUGCCUGCACCCGCAUCCCGGCUACCAUGGCCACCACCUCUACCACCUCUGGUAUGUGAAACAUUGUCCGCAUCUUUCCGUUUUGAAGCAUGAACUCGAAAUCAAUCAUUAGAUCACAAACUGCAGUCCGGUCAUAUUCAUCAUAGGAAUGAUUCUGUAUUGGAAAGCAGAUCGCCUCGCAGUGCACUCAGGAGCGCGAUGUUAAAACGAACUCGUCGUAUAUGAGACCGAAAAACUAUGUGAAAUGAUGAGAGAUUGGAACCAUGGACACUUUUUCUCUAUCUAUGUCUUCAUUUCUACUGAUAAAUUCCUACAAUAAUGGUUCCCCAGGAGGGCUUGAGGCGGUUAUGACCUUCCCGCCUGAGGUUAGCUCGCCGGCGGUAUUCCGCUGCGUGAGAGUCUCAGCGGUCGACGAGGCGGAGGACCAGUACGCCUACCAGACCGCGGUCAGCAUCGCCGGGCACGUCUUCAAGGGUAUCCUCUAUGACCAAGGACCCGACUCUCACUACUCUCACCCAGGCGACGAGUCCUCUUCCUCCGCUGUCGCUGCCGCCGCCAUCACCACAACCGGCGCUGCAGCCACCAGCAUCACCACGGCCGUUGCUGCCGCCGCGGCGGCCUCUUCAAUGCUCGAUCCGGCUUCCUUGUACCCGGCUCCGCUUAGCGCCUUCAUGGCGGGUACGCAUUUCUUUUCUCAUCCGAGACCCUAG